AUGGCGGAUAAGAUGUUGAACGAGAACAUGCAACAAGGGCACCCAGCGUUGAUCGACGUGAACAGAGCGGUGCUCUCGUCGGCGUUUUCCCACACGUGUGAGCUUCUCCGACGGUCUCUCCGAAGGUCGGAGUUAUGUCCGGUGACGUGGCCGACACGUGUGAUUAGAAUGUUGCCGAUGGGGGCCAGGCUAGCGAAGAUGUACGAUGGGAUACGUGUUUGUCUUGCAGGGAUUGUGCCAGCGAUGGACACGUGGAGGUCGGGGUCUAAGUUUGAGAGACAGGUGGCGGUGACGGCGCCGACGGUGAGCACGAGUGAGUGGUUGGAGGCGGAGAAGUUGGCGCAUGAGUUGGUUUGGAUUACUAAUAAGUUGAUAGCCAACGAUGCUAUCGGAGAAGCCAUCGUACGGUGGGCCUUUGCCUCGGGAUUGGCUGGAUUAUCUCUCACUUCUCAUCCAAGGGUCCAGAGUUCACUCAUCAAAGUUACAGCGAUGUUGGUGAGAGAAAUGGCAAAAGGAGAAUGGGAGAGGAUGGGGAGACAGGUGAGAUUUGGAAUAGUGGCGAUAUGGCUUCCGUUGUUAUGUUAUGCGAGGAAUGGGGUGACGGCGCCAGUGCUAGUGGGGUUAGAGAGAUGGGAGCUGGAAAGAGCUAUAGAAGAGCUCAUUGGAACUUUACCAUUGGAUGACCAGGAGAUCAUACUUGGUAAUUGGCUGGAGGACUUUGCUGCGUCGGAUAGUAACUGGCCGAACCUCCAGGGGAGCUUUGAACGAUGGUGUUGUCAAUCUCGGAAGCUUCUGCAGUGA